UCUUCUCUUUGCUCAGCCCGGCGAAGCGGCCUUUUCUCGCGCGAAGCACCACGCGCGAGCGGGUCCAAGCCGCUGGCAUGAGGGCGUGCAGGGCUUCAUGGCUUUUGCUGCCUUUGUGCAAAUCCAUUUCCAUUCCGUGGAGUGACUCCUGUGAGGAGAUCCACAGCCUCCACAUGCUGCAGCACCACAGCCAACGGCGCAACCGUUUCUCGUCCACCUCCCCAAAUCCGGAUGUCCUCGUUUGGAACGAGGUUGGACAAUACUACGAUGGCACCUUGCGAGUGAAGCUGGAUAUCUUCGACCCUGACAGUCCCAAUCUUACACUGCCCGUCUAUAUGCGCCCAGCCACGGAGCAGCCGGCGCCCAAAGGAAUCCUUUUGAUGCACUGUGGUGGGCCUGGUUCCACUAGAGACUGUGUCUACUACACGGACGGCCCACAUUUGGAGGGCUAUGACGUUUUUGCCAUCACCCAGCGUGGCAUGGAGGGCACUACGCCGUCCUUAAACUGUGACAACUCCAAGCUGCCUGAGACAUGUCCUCCUGAGGGCUGCCAGGUGAGCGACUUCACUGAUUGCCCGUGUGCCCUCCUGGACGGCACACCUCAGCUGGGGGAGAUUUGGGCCGAUUUGGAUCCAGCCAAUGAAAGCCAAGUCUUGAAUCUCUUCAACAAGAGACAGGCCUGGGGGCCACGCUGUGCUGCCUCAGAGAAGUUCCAACUGCGAGGAAGAGGUGGAAAGAUGUACAAUUUUCUAAACUACGUUGGCACUCAGUUUUUGGUAUAUGAUUUGGAUGAGAUGAGGAAGGCGGUCGGGGCUGAGAACUUGAGCAUCUAUGGAUACAGCUAUGGGACCUACGUGGGCGGCGUCUACGCUUCGGUCUUCAGCCAAUCCACCGGGCGUGUUGUCCUGGAUGGCGAUAUGGAGGCCUCACCCCGAAAGGAUGCCCAGUCCACUGGGGACGCCGUGGCCAACGACAAGUUCGUCGCGUAUUUGCUGAACACUUGCCAGGCGAAAGCCUCAGAAUGUUCACUGAAGGAUCCUCAUGUGACCUAUGCAAAGCUCGUGCAGCGCGCGCGAGCUGGAAAGCUAACGGCUCCCACUGAAUCGGGGAUGGACUUCCCGUUGUCGGUGGGGCUUUUGAUGGCCUACCUACAAGCAGAGUCUGUAUCCAAUUCCGGGCGUCACUUCGCCCGAGCCUUGCAAACCCUUGCGGCACUGGCUGGCAACGAUGUUGGAGAGCGAGAAAAAGCAGUGGCCUUCAUUCUGGACGGCUUUUGCUAUGUCAAGAGGGUGGCCACCUGGUCGAGAUAUGACAUUUGCAUUGGGCCAGGCCACACCAACGAGUAUGAGUCUGCUCCGGGGAUUUCUUUUGCUGAUCCCUAUUUGGAGAAAUGUGCAGUGUGGGGCUUGGACCUGGCUGGCUACUACGAUGUCUCGAAUUUGAUGCAUCAGUGGACAGUCGAAAAGAUCUCAAGGGGUGAUGCUGGUUUGGCGGCGGUGGUGGGUGACAUGGCCGGCUAUUUCCUGUGGCCUCUGAAAGCCACGCCCACUGCACCCAUGGGGAGUGCUAUCGUGCGUCCUUUGAUUGUUGGAAAUUUGUUUGAUUCGGCGACGAGCUACAGCUGGGCACAGGCUACAGCAGAGGUUCCCCAUGGACGCCCAUGGACCUCUCCUCCAUGUUCACAAACGUGCACCAGGAUAUGAAGAAGGCCUUUCCGGAUGGAUCCAUCAUCACAUGGCAGGGCCUGGGCCACACCUUCCCAACCUAUGCGACCGACUACAACCGACAAGCCAUUGCACACUGUUGGAGUCACAUCGAAGACUAUUUGCAGAAUGGCACCAUGCCAAUCAAUGGCCUGCUAUGUUGGCAGAAGGAAGACCCCAAAGUUGGUUGAGAAUUGGCCCCAGAGGCAGUGAUUGCACACUUCCUUUGAGUUCUUGGGACAGAUCAUCCACAGCCGCAAAGCAUGGAUGUGGUGUUUGAUGCACAAGAGUAGAA